AUGAACGAGUCGUUAUUGGCUCCUUAUAGUAUGGAGGAAGUUCGAAAUGCCCUCUUCCAAAUGCAUCCCUCCAAAGCACCUGGACCGGAUGGCAUGUCUCCUUUCUUUUUCCAUAAGUACUGGGAUCUUGUGGGGUCAGAGGUGAAAGAAGUACAGAAUAUGUCACAACUACGACCUAUUUCUUUAUGCAAUGUCCUUUACAAAAUAGCUUCGAAGGUGUUGGCUAAUAGAUUGAAAGUGUUAUUACCAGCCAUUAUCUCACCACAGCAGAGUGCGUUUGUCCCAGACAGAGGCCAGGAAGGAUUUUUGGCUCUCAAGUUGGAUAUUACUAAAGUCUACGACCGUUUGGAGUGGGAUUUCCUCAGGAAAAUAAUGCUCAAAAUGGGAUUUGCGGCUCAAUGGGUGGAUUUGAUCAUGUUCUGUCUUUCCACUGUUCGGUAUUCUUUCCUCAUUAAUGGGAUUCCAAGAGGGUUUGUUACUCCUUAUCGAGGAUUGAGGCAAGGUGAUCCAAUCUCUCCUUAUUUAUUUCUAUUAUGUGCUGAAGGAUUGUCAACCCUUAUUUCUCACUCUGUGGCUAAUGGUCAGUGGCAAGGGUUGCGCGUUUGUGAUGGGGCCCAUGUUAUUAGUCAUUUGCUUUUUGCAGAUGAUAGUAUGUUGUACUCUAACGCUUCUUCUCAGGACUGCAUUUUGAUUCGGAAUAUAUUAAAUGUCUAUGAGAGAGCUUCGGGGCAAAAGAUUAACCUGCAAAAGAGUAGUGUGGUAUUUAGUGUGAGUGUGCCUUCCCAUAUGCGGCAAUCAUUGGCUGACAUUCUCGACAUUCAGGUAGUGGACAAGCAUGAGAAAUAUCUUGGCAUUCCUACUUUGGUAGGUAGAUCGAAAGCUGACACUUUUGCUUAUAUCAAAGAUACUUUGUCAAAGAAGCUUACAGCUCAACAAGGAUGGCGUCUAAUUCAAGAUCCUGAGUCUUUGGUUGGUAGGCUGUUGAAGGCAAUCUAUUUUCCCCAUUGUAAUUUUUGGGACGCGGAGGUUGGUUCAGCUCCAUCUUAUGCUUGGCGGAGCAUUCUAAAUGGUAGAGAUAUUAUGCAGGCCGGUAUUCGGCGUCAUAUUGGGGAUGGUAAGUCCACCAAUGUGUGGACUGAUCCUUGGUUGAUAGGGGAGGAUUUGACUUCUUUCUAUACUCCUAGAAUUAAUAUGGUUUCAGACCUUAUUUUAUCUCCAGGUGUUUGGAACCAGGUUUUACUACAGGAGCUCUUCCCAUUACAUAUUACACAAAAGAUCUUGGCUCUUCCGCUUAGUAAUCAUAUGCAUGAUGAUCGGUGGAUUUGGUCUGGUGAUAAGAAGGGAGGCUUCACCAUCAAAUCCGCCUACCAUAUAGCACGGGAUAGAGUUUUGGGUGAGAAUUCUGGCAUGCCUAACUCUAGUGCUGAGCUUUGGAACUGGAUUUGGCAAGCCCCGGUCCCGAGGAAGGUUAAAAUUUGUGUGUGGAAGGCGGCGUCCAAUAUUCUUCCAUCUCGGAGUCGGCUAAGUGAGAGGGGUAUAGACAUUGAUACCCAAUGCCCAUUCUGCGACGAAGAAAUUGAGUCCCCUCUACAUGCAUCCCCUACUACCUUUGCUACUUUGUUGAUGGUGAUUUGGGCAACUUCGCAUAAUCGAAACGCGAAAGUAUGGGGAGAUGCAGCUAAGUUAGCUUCGGAAGUUGUGCCACUUACUCUAGGAUGGUGGGAGGAGUUUAAGGUUGCUCAUUCAUCUUCUCGCCUUGCAUCUCCAAUACAGAAUGUUAGAUGGAACAAGCCUCCUAUAGGUAUGAUCAAACUAAAUGUGGAUGCGGCUUUUAGCAAUGUGUGUGGGAGUGUAGGUGUUGGGGGUGUGUUUCGAGACUUUGAAGGCUCUUGUUUGGGAGGUUUUCGCCACACACUCCCUGCAGCUUCUUCCGCUCGGCAUGCGGAACUGGUAGCGCUGCUGGUGGGCGCCCAGCUAGCUAUCUCUCAUCAAUUAGUGGAAACUAAUUGUCAAGACUUGGUACAAGUUGUGGCGCAUGAUUCCCUUGAUCAUUCGGAGCUGGGCUACCUCUUAAGUGACCUUCAAGAGGCCCUGCAGCUAGCAUCCUUUGCGCAGGUUCACCAUGUGCGCCGAGCAGCAAACAUAGUGGCUCAUACUUUAGCACAAGAUGCUAAAAAUAGACAGUUUUUUAUGCAGCUCUUUACUGUACCUCCUCCAAAUGUGGUGGAGCUUAUAUCCAUUGAUUGUAAUGACUUGUAA